AUGUUGGAAGACCGAUCCGGAACUUCAAGAGCUGUGGCGCGCGAGUCUGGGAUACGGGACUCGCGAGCCAGCGACGACAGCAACAUGGCCGGCGAGAGCUGGCGGCCGCGACCCGCGUGGACGACCAGCUGGGCCCCAGUCAACGCACAUAAAGACGAGACAGCUGUUCAGCCAAAUAUUACCGAGUACAGUCCCAGCCAACACCCGGGGACCACUCUCUCCCAGGACGAGACAGCUGUUCAGCCAAAUAUUACCGAGUACAGUCCCAGCCAACACCCGGGGACCACUCUCUCCCAGGACGAGACAGCUGUUCAGCCAAAUAUUACAGAGUACAGUCCCGGCCAACACCCGGGGACCACUCUCUCCCAGGACGAGACAGCUGUUCAGCCAAAUAUUACCGAGUACAGUCCCAGCCAACACCCGGGGACCACUGUCUCCCAGGACGAGACAGCUGCUCAGCCAAAUAUUACAGAGUACAGUCCCGGCCAACACCCGGGGACCACUCUCUCCCAGGACGAGACAGCUGUUCAGCCAAAUAUUACCGAGUACAGUCCCAGCCAACACCCGGGGACCACUCUCUCCCAGGACGAGACAGCUGCUCAGCCAAAUAUUACCGAGUACAGUCCCAGCCAACACCCGGGGACCACUGUCUCCCAGGACGAGACAGCUGCUCAGCCAAAUAUUACCGAGUACAGUCCCAGCCAACACCCGGGGACCACUGUCUCCCAGGACGAGACAGCUGCUCAGCCAAAUAUUACAGAGUACAGUCCCGGCCAACACCCGGGGACCACUCUCUCCCAGGACGAGACAGCUGUUCAGCCAAAUAUUACCGAGUACAGUCCCAGCCAACACCCGGGGACCACUCUCUCCCAGGACGAGACAGCUGCUCAGCCAAAUAUUACCGAGUACAGUCCCAGCCAACACCCGGGGACCACUCUCUCCCAGGACGAGACAGCUGCUCAGCCAAAUAUUACCGAGUACAGUCCCGGCCAACACCCGGGGACCACUCUCUCCCAGGACGAGACAGCUGCUCAGCCAAAUAUUACCGAGUACAGUCCCGGCCAACACCCGGGGACCACUCUCUCCCAGGACGAGACAGCUGCUCAGCCAAAUAUUACCGAGUACAGUCCCGGCCAACACCCGGGGACCACUCUCUCCCAGGACGAGACAGCUGCUCAGCCAAAUAUUACCGAGUACAGUCCCAGCCGACACCCAGAGACCACUCUCUCCCAGGACGAGACAUCUGUUCAGCCAAAUAUUACCGAGUACAGUCCCAGCCAACACCCGGGGACCACUGUCUCCCAGGACGAGACAGCUGCUCAGCCAAAUAUUACAGAGUACAGUCCCGGCCAACACCCGUGGACCACUCUCUCCCAGGACGAGACAGCUGUUCAGCCAAAUAUUACCGAGUACAGUCCCAGCCAACACCCGGGGACCACUGUCUCCCAGGACGAGACAGCUGCUCAGCCAAAUAUUACAGAGUACAGUCCCGGCCAACACCCGGGGACCACUCUCUCCCAGGACGAGACAGCUGUUCAGCCAAAUAUUACCGAGUACAGUCCCAGCCAACACCCGGGGACCACUGUCUCCCAGGACGAGACAGCUGCUCAGCCAAAUAUUACAGAGUACAGUCCCGGCCAACACCCGGGGACCACUCUCUCCCAGGACGAGACAGCUGCUCAGCCAAAUAUUACCGAGUACAGUCCCAGCCAACACCCGGGGACCACUGUCUCCCAGGACGAGACAGCUGCUCAGCCAAAUAUUACCGAGUACAGUCCCGGCCAACACCCGGGGACCACUCUCUCCCAGGACGAGACAGCUGCUCAGCCAAAUAUUACCGAGUACAGUCCCGGCCAACACCCGGGGACCACUCUCUCCCAGGACGAGACAGCUGCUCAGCCAAAUAUUACCGAGUACAGUCCCAGCCAACACCCGGGGACCACUCUCUCCCAGGACGAGACAGCUGCUCAGCCAAAUAUUACCGAGUACAGUCCCAGCCAACACCCGGGGACCACUCUCUCCCAGGACGAGACAGCUGCUCAGCCAAAUAUUACAGAGUACAGUCCCGGCCAACACCCGGGGACCACUCUCUCCCAGGACGAGACAGCUGCUCAGCCAAAUAUUACCGAGUACAGUCCCAGCCAACACCCGGGGACCACUGUCUCUCAGGACGAGACAGCUGCUCAGCCAAAUAUUACCGAGUACAGUCCCAGCCAACACCCGGGGACCACUCUCUCCCAGGACGAGACAGCUGCUCAGCCAAAUAUUACCGAGUACAGUCCCAGCCAACACCCGGGGACCACUCUCUCCCAGGACGAGACAGCUGCUCAGCCAAAUAUUACCGAGUACAGUCCCAGCCAACACCCGGGGACCACUCUCUCCCAGGACGAGACAGCUGCUCAGCCAAAUAUUACCGAGUACAGUCCCAGCCAACACCCGGGGACCACUGUCUCCCAGGACGAGACAGCUGCUCAGCCAAAUAUUACCGAGUACAGUCCCAGCCAACACCCGGGGACCACUCUCUCCCAGGACGAGACAGCUGCUUAG